UUUCGGUUGAACGUAACCAUGUCGCUGCCGCUGAGAGGAAUGCUUUUGGGACUACUGGUCGUCCCCGCCCUGGUGUACGGGUCGUCUGAACUGGAAGAGGAGCAACCGAAAGAGAAGUUUUUCCUCAAGUCUUACCAAACGACGACUGUCACCACUCUCAGCCUAGCGGUAACUACUGUACCCUACUUCUGCGCCUUCACCACUUCCCCACUAUCCGUUUGCACCGGGAGGAGUUUGAGGAGGAAACGAAGACUCGCCAUGCGAGCCAUGGAACCUGGUAAAGUUACCAACCUGGAGAAGUCGGUAGACGAGGCUUCGGAGGAGGCUCUGGAGGAGAAAGACCUCGAUAGGCUGUUCUUCACCAUCUGGCAAAGCACGACCACCACCGUCACCGUGACGACCACUGCGACCAACACCAGCAUCACCAUCUCGGCCUUGGCCUUAUGCACCUUUGCUAAUUACAACAUUCCUCUUUGCUAAGUUGUGAUUUCACCAAAGAUGUCUUAUGAAGGUCGUCCUUGGCUUCUUGGGGAAAGCCGUUGUGUUAUUUGUGAUUUUCUCAUUGAACGACGGGAUUCCUUUUAAAGAAAGUUGAAAUGUCCAUUCUCAGUAACAUUAUCCUGUCUCACAUAAAUGUAAAAAAAAAUAUUUGGGAAAGCUUAGACUAGAUGAAAUGAAAAAGAAUUUACAUGAACAUAACACUUGUCCCAAGGAUCGCCAUAGAAUUUCUGAACAUGUACAUAGGAAUAUUUUUUUUCAACUUUGUAAAAUAGUGCGUAUAACAAGCGACC